GGUGGCGGGUGACCUGCGGGAGGAGCGGACUCAGGUCCGGUUGUUAUGGUGAAGCAUUUCCCCCGAGGGCUGGCUGGAGCAGGCGGACCGCAGCUGAUUCCGUUUCACAGCCCGCAGAGCCGCUCAGGAGCUCCCGCUGACGGUCACCUCCACAGGUGCAGACUGAUGAGGAACCGAUCAUUGCAAGCUUCGUUCCCAGAUGUAUUCCGCUUGAAGACCAACAACAACACCAACACCAACACCAAGGUGCCUUUGGAAUAGUCUCCACUCACCACCAGGAGAUAUUUGAAUCCUCCCAUCAUAUCCUCACUAUGGAUCCUCAAAGACUCACUCCUCUGUUGGAUCCCAGUGUUGGUCACCACCACUUUGGAUUAGAAGCUGAGACGGGGCCUCUCACCUGGGGAGUAGUUUGACUCUGCCUUUCUAGCAUCAUCUUUUCCCUGUCUCUCCUUGUCUCUCCACAGUCAUUGGCCACGUUACCUGUUGCUGUUAUGGAUGGGAGGACUGACAGCUUGUUUGACCUUUUUUUUCCUGAAAAGAUAUUUUUACAGAUAAACUGCUUCAACGUCUUUUUGUGCUCUUCCACGGGCCCCAACAUAGGCCUGUUUGGACUUACAGAGGGGCCUAUUUAAUGAGAAAUUUGGGUACCUGGAACUUUUAUAUUUAUUAUCCUCAUGGACUAAGAGAGAUUUCAGACGUAUAAAGAGGCAAAGCAACUGUGACCUGUUCCCAGUGUUGUACUGGCAUGGCAGCAGAUCACGGCGAGCUGCUGGCCGAGAUGGCCACCGUCGCACGUCUGAGCGCCACCGAACGCCUGAAGCACGCCCAGAAGCGGCGCGCUCAGCAGCUGAAGUCUUGGGCGCAGAUGGAGAAGGAUGCGGCACGAGGGUCGAGGGCCAAAGCAGAUAAAAAGAAGGCGCGAACCGCCAAAGUUAAAUUCCCUGACACCAUCACCCUGCUCGACGCGGCUGCACGGAACGACCUGGAGGAGGUGAGGGAGCUGCUCAACAGCGGCAUCAGCCCCGAUCUGGUGAACGAGGAUGGACUGACAGCUCUACAUCAGUGCUGCAUCGAUGACUUUGUGGAGAUGGUGCAGUGCCUGCUGGAUGCCGGUGCCUGUGUGAACGCCUGUGACAGCGAGCUGUGGACACCGCUGCACGCUGCUGCCACCUGUGGACACACUGGGCUGGUGCAGCUCCUGAUUCAGGCUGGGGCUGACCUGCUGGCUGUCAAUGCGGACGGCAACAUGCCCUAUGACCUCUGUGAGGACGAGGCCACCCUGGAGCUGCUGGAGAUGGUUAUGGCUGAACAGGGGAUAACUCAGGACCGUAUUGAUGACUGUCGCGGGGCUAAAGAGGCGACCAUGUUGGCUGACAUUCAGGCUCUUGUUCAGAGUGGGGCAGACCUAAAUGCUCAGGAUGAGAAUGGAGCAACGCUGCUCCAUAUAGCUUCUGCUAACGGCUACGUGUCUGUGGCGGAGCUGUUGCUGGAGCACAGGGCUCAGGUGGAGGUGAAGGACUCUGAUGGCUGGACGCCGCUACACGCCGCAUCCUGCUGGGGUCAGAUCCAAAUGGUGGAACUGUUGGUUGCCCACGGAGCCAGUUUAAACACCAAGUCUGUACUGGAAGAGACGCCUCUUGAUGUGUGUAUGGAUGAAGAGGUUAGGGCCAAACUGAUGGACCUGAAGCACAAACACGAUGCCAUCAUGAAGAGCCAGGACCGGCAGAAGGGCACGCUGCAAAGACGAGCCUCCAGUACUGGCAGCAGAGGUAAGGUGGUACGUCGUGUCAGCGUGAACGAGCGAUCCAGCCUGUACCGGCGGGAGCACCACAAAGAGGCCAUGGUGUGGCAGGAACGCGGCCGACAGCCAGAGCCACAGGACGACGAUGAGGACAGGCAGACGGACAGUGAGCUAAACCAGCACGCCGCCAUGGUCGCUGUUGGUGGAGCCCCAUCACAUUUAGAGGAGCUCGAGGCCGCAGACAGGAAACUUGAGUUCAGCCUCGGGAACGGAGGUACCUCUCUGGCCUCUUCUGUACCAGGAGAGCUGUGGAGUGGUGGAGGUCCCAUGGAGCGCAGCGCCUCCUACCAGCUCAGCCAUGGGGUAGGGUCUGGGUCUGCAGAGGGUGAGGGGGCAGACAGUAUGACUCGGGAGAAAUCGCAUCACACGCUGGCUGACCUGAAACGCCAGCGGGCAGCUGCCAAGCUCAAUAAAUACCCGGCACCCCCACCACCCCUGCCGCCUCCCUUAGAGGAGGAGCCCUCUGGUGCCGAGAUGACAACAGCUCAGACCCACCCGGAGAUCCGAAUGACCCCCAGUGCAGAAGAGGUGGCCUCUCCGAGCCAGGUGUACUUCACCCCAGCCAGUGGAGAUCCUCCGCUGCUGAAACUCAAAGCCCCUGAGGAGGAGCAGUCAAACAAUAAGGAGCCGUGCUGUGGGCUCAUGUAGACAGCCAGACACACAAGUGAGGCUCUUCCAUUCACGUGCUGGCUUGGCUUGACUCGGUUUGACUCGGUGCGUCACCCAGCAUGGCAGGAUAUCCCAUCAUGACCAGGCUGCCCGCUUGAAGGUGUGCCUUUAACUGAUGAUGCACUGCAGCUCCUCAUCUAAAAUCUCACUGUGGCUGUUUCUGCUUAAACCCCCCGCAGUAUUAUUGAAGAAGCAGCUAACAACGCUCUGCUAAGCUGGUGUCAAACUUGUAUAACUUCCUAUUAAAAUCUUCACAAUAAAAGUCCCCCAAUAUUUAAAGGCUUUUGUUGUGAAGCAGCAAAAUCAGGAAAUGUUGGGUUUUCACCAGCGGAGACUUGACUCCUCCAGCUCAAAGUGACCUUGAUGAUAUCUGAAAGUACAAAAGGAGAACUGAGAAAAACUAAACUUCAAACCACAGCUUCAGUUAGAAGCUACUGACUGAGUGCUGACACUUUACGAAGCCUGAGUUGAGUCUCACAACACAUGGUUGUUUGGGAGAGAAUGGGCCGUUACGUGUUGUCCCCAAUGGGCAAGAUGUCACCGCAGCCUGCCGGGCUCACUUUGGCUCCAAUCUGGAUCAAGUCCAUCCCGGGCACAGCACGGCACGGCACGGCACUACUCGGCACGGUUGAACUGGUAAUGGAAUGACAAAUCAGUGUGGCAUGAUUUGACCCAACAUUGCCAAAACUGUCAACUGAAAAGCCCCAAAAGACACACACACACACACACACACACACACACACACAUGCACAUGUGUUACACUCCAAAGUGGCAAAAACCUGUCAACGCAGACCUUCUUCAAGUCAAUUUAGACUGUAGGUUAAGGCCACAUGCCAAUGAGGGUUUGAUCUACGCUAUUUGACCCAAAGCCUUUUCUGAUCAACAUGAUACACACUUUAUACUCGAAGGUCCUAGCAGUCGCUGCUGCUCCCGUUUGUUUAGGGGCUUCAUGAUCUGUAGGGCAACAACUGUCCAUUAAGGGGCGAACUGCAGAAUCCACCAUUUCAGUCACGAGCAAAUAUUUACUUGACUCGGUCUUUUUGCAUUACUUUAUUCAUUUCUAACUUCAUUUCUCAGCUACUGAAGGUUGAAAUUCAGAUUAAUUGAAAAGCCUUAGAAUCGUGUGAAAGUUAAAUGAUCCAUGUAAGGCUGAGUGAAAUUGGGAGCUCAGUAUGAUUUGCUUUAAAUUUUAAUUUUUCUGAGUGUUAUGAAGGGUACGUGAUCAACAUAGAUUUACAUUAUACUCAUCAGGAUUUUUUGUGGUUGGGACAUUGCUGGGACACCAUAGUUUCAGUAUGCACCAUAGUAAUCUUGAAUUUACAUUUACACGGAGGUGUAAACGAGGACUGUUUCCUUGCUUGAUUCCCGGAUUAAAAAUAUUGCCGCAGUUUUUCUUCUGUAAUUUUUCCAGUGCACUAAAAGCCUACAUUUCAAUAUUUGUGAUGCUGCAAUUUGUAAAUUAAGUGUUUUUAUCUAAAAGAAUAUGAGCUUAUCUAUAUUUAAAUCAGUGAAUAAUUUGCUCAGCCCAUCUUCUGUUUUUCUAUUCUCUGAACAGAAUCACAUUAUUUAUUCUGAUACUGAAUAUGGCUUAUGCUGCACAGUUCUUGUACCAUUGUUUUUUUAAAGAUGUAAGUGUGAAGGUAAGAUAUUUAUCAAAGCGAUGAUAUAUAGUUUUAUUGUCAGACCAA